AUGUUAAAUAAACCAGAGUUGUCAAAAGAAUUGAGUGUUUUCUUAGAAUUGUUGCAUUAAGAUAAUUGUGAGUAUAAGGGUUAUGAGAAUUAUUUAAUUGGAAGUGAUCUUGAUGAUAUGGAUUGUCAGAAUACGAAAGGAAUCAAUAAAGAUCUUUCAAUAAUUUAUAGUUAACCUGAAAGUGAAGUUUCUACUUAGAGAGAUAAUAACACUCUAAAUAUUGGAGAUUUAUUUUCUGCCAUUUUUAGAGAUCUUGAAAAUUAAAUUUAUUCUUCAUUAUCGUAGAGAAUUAAAUCAUUAUAAGUAAGAUGGUUAUUUAAACCAAGUAAUAAAUUCAUAUUUAUAUGAUGAAAGUAUCUGAAAAAUUGAAUGAGUUCUAAUUGUAGAAUCAAAGCCUUGAAACUAAUAAUAAAUUAUUGGUUGAAGCUUUAAAUUCUUCCCAAUAAGAAAUUCAUGUUUUAGCAGUAUCACAUGAAGACACUUCUAAUAAAUUGAAGAAAUCUAUUCUAGAUUUAAAGAAAUAAUGCGUAAAUUUAAUUUAAAUUUCUUAAUUUAGGAGGAAUUGAAUAAAUCCUUAGCUUACACAUAAUAAAUAAAUUAAAAUUUACUCUAAUAAAUUGACAGAGAACAACAAAAUUAUAAAAAGAAUGAAGAAGAAUUUAGGGAUGCUUCUUAAAGAUUAAUCAAAAGUAAUCAAGCCUUACGGUAUUUCAUUUCUACUAUAAAAUAGUGAAAUUAUUGUAAAUAUUGGAAAUAUAUCCCCUAUGCACAAAACAAAAUUACAAGAAGUCAUUAAAUACCUUACUGAAGGAAGAGAUCAUAAAUAAUCUGAACUUAGAAGUGGACGUAGUUAAUCUAAAAAACAAAAAGAAAAUAAUAGUCUUCAUUAUUGUAUAUGACAAAUUAUCAUUUAGCCACUCUCAACAUUAGCAGUUCAAGAAAUAAAAAAUCAAUGUCUCCAUAAGGAUUCACAUCAACAAGGAAAUAAUAAGGUGUAAAUGUAUUAGAUACAAAUUAUCAGACAUCAUAUAAAGAAUUAUUUUUAAAGAGUUUAAAAGUAACAAAAUAAAAAUGA